GUUAUAAUUUAUUUCUCUAUCUUCCAAAACUCUCUCUGUUCCUAUACUCAUCUCUCUCUCUCUCUCUCUCUCUCCGAUGACAACAUUGUAGAGCAUUUAUUGAGCUUUCUCUACUACCAUUUUGAAUGCUUGUUUCAAAAAACACACGAGAUUCUUGCUUCAUGUCCUUGUUCCAUUUCUGGGUCGGAUUAUCAGAUCUAAGUUAAGCUCACCACCUCCAGCUACUGCUCUCAUUCUCCAUUUUCUCUCUGGUUUUUCUUUCAAAAUUUUCCAAGACCCUUUAAAGGGGGGUUAAUUUAAUUUAUUUAAGACAAAACUUUGGGGUGGUAAAAAAAUAAAAUAACAUUUUUCAAUUGGAGUUAGGUAGCUAGAAGCCAAAAAAUGCCACAAGAAAACGGCAACUCCAAUUCAAAUUUCACGACCAACUCUCCUUGCAAAAACAUGAGAGGAAUAAAGGCUCUGAACUCUCAAAAUGAAGCUCCAUAUGCAUUCACUGAGGAGAUUAUCAAUGACUUUGAAUUGGCUCAGAGAAAAGCCGAAGAAGCAGCUUCAAGGAGGUACCAAGCCGCUGAAUGGCUGCGUCAGAUGGACCAUGGUGCCUCAGGAACACUGUCCAAAGAACCUUCCGAGGAAGAGUUCUGCCUGGCACUCCGCAAUGGCCUCAUUCUUUGCAACGUUCUCAACAAAGUCAAUCCCGGCGCUGUUCUCAAGGUGGUGGAAAAUCCAAUUAUAGCAGUUCAGUCAACAGAAGGGGCUGCACAGUCUGCAAUUCAAUACUUUGAGAACAUGAGGAAUUUCCUUGAGGCUGUUAAAGAAAUGAAGCUCUUGACAUUUGAAGCCUCUGAUUUGGAAAAGGGAGGCUCAUCAAGUAAAGUAGUGGAUUGCAUUCUAUGCCUCAAAGGAUAUUAUGAAUGGAAGCAAGCAGGUGGGAUUGGAGUGUGGAGAUAUGGAGGGACGGUGAGGAUCACGUCUUUCCCAAAAGGAUCCCCAUCCUCCUUGGUUGGCAGUGAAACCACCGAUGAGUCAUUGGAUGAUUCUGAAUCGUCACAGUAUGAACAGCUAUUAGAAUUUCUCCAUCUUUCUAAUGAGGUCUCAAUUGAAGAGUCUAGAACUGCCAAUGUUCUUGCUUUCCUUUUCGAUCGUUUUGGACUUGGACUUCUACAGGCCUACCUUCAAGAGACUAAUGAGAUUGAUGAUUUGCCUUUGAAUUCAAUGGUAAUUGACACUUUACUCAGUAAGGUAGUCAAGGAUUUCACAGCAUUGCUUGUUUCUCAAGGAACUCAGCUUGGAAUAUUCUUGAAGAAAAUACUGAAAAGUGAUAUGGGUAAUCUAUCUAAAUCUGAAUUUAUAGAAGCCAUUUCACGCUAUCUUAGUCAAAGAACUAGUUUGGCUUCAAGUGAUGUGUCCAAAUUCUGUAUCUGUGGUGGCAAACGCGAGGUUGUUCGGCAUAUAAUCAGUCCCUCAUCUGGUGACCGGGAGAUAAUUGACAUUCAACAGAAACAUCUUCAGGAGCUCAAAUCGUCUUUCCAUGAGACAAAACUGGAUGUCAAACAGAAACAUUCCCACUGGGAGGAAGAACUUAGAAGGCUUGAGCAUCAUAUUAAGGAUCUACAAGUGGCCUCCAACUCCUACCACAAAGUUCUAGAGGAAAAUCGCAUUCUUUACAAUCAAGUCCAGGACCUUAAAGGAACUAUUAGAGUUUAUUGUAGAGUGAGGCCCUUCUUACCAGGGCAAUCAAAUGGGCAGUCCACUGUGGAUUACAUUGGAGAAAAUGGAAAUAUCAUGAUUGUCAAUCCCAUGAAGCAGGGAAAAGAAGCAAGGAGGGUGUUUUCAUUUAACAAAGUUUUUGGAACGAAUGUCACACAAGAGCAAAUAUACGUUGACACUCAGCCAUUGGUCCGGUCUGUUCUAGAUGGUUUUAAUGUUUGCAUCUUUGCUUAUGGACAAACUGGCUCAGGGAAGACAUACACAAUGAGUGGUCCGGAUUUGACAAGCGAAGUAACAUGGGGUGUAAACUAUCGAGCCCUGCGUGACUUAUUUCAAAUAUCGAAGGCAAGGAUAGAUUUAAUAAGAUAUGAAGUUGCAGUGCAGAUGAUAGAGAUAUACAAUGAACAAGUGAGAGACCUUCUAGUCAGUGAUGGUUCUAACAGAAGAUUGGACAUAAGAAACAAUUCUCAACUGAAUGGCCUUAAUGUCCCCGACGCCAGUUUGGUUCGAGUUACUUGUACCCAAGAUGUUCUUGAUUUGAUGAAGAUUGGCCAAAAGAAUCGUGCAGUAGGGGCUACAGCUCUAAAUGAGAGGAGUAGCCGUUCACAUAGUGUUUUAACAGUUCAUGUCCAUGGAAAAGAGUUGGUGUCUGGAUCUAUUCUUAGGGGAUGCCUCCAUCUUGUGGAUUUAGCUGGAAGCGAGAGGGUGGAUAAAUCUGAGGCUGUUGGUGAGAGACUAAAAGAAGCCCAACAUAUAAAUAGAUCGCUUUCUGCACUUGGAGAUGUCAUUUCUGCUCUUGCACAAAAGAGUGCUCAUGUUCCUUACAGAAACAGCAAGCUUACUCAAGUGCUGCAAGAUUCUUUAGGUGGGCAAGCCAAGACAAUGAUGUUUGUACAUAUAAACCCUGAAGUUAAUGCUCUUGGGGAAACAAUUAGUACACUUAAGUUUGCUGAAAGGGUUGCUUCCAUAGACCUCGGGGCAGCUCGAUCCAAUAAAGAAACUGGUGAACUUCGAGAACUUAAAGACGAGAUAUCAAACCUUAAACUGGCAUUGGAGAAAAAGGAAGCUGAGCUAGAACAUAAAGGUGGGAGUACUAAAAGCACCAUUGACUCCCAAAAAGCAAGGGCUGUUUCACCUUUUCGCAUUCCAAGAUUGAAGCCUGAAACCUCUCAAAGACCUUUGGAUGAUACUAAGAUCUCUGAAGCUAGAAGUUGUUCUUCAGGAAAGCAAAGGAGGUCGAGGUUUCCCUCAGGUUUUACAGAGAAGGAUACUAUGCCAAAGAUACCAUUCAUGGCUGAAGAUAAACUAGCAAGCUCUGGAAAGCCAAGAUCACCAUCUCCUCCUGUUAGAAGAUCAAUAUCUACUGAUAGAGGAGCCCAUAUUAGAAGCAGAGUUAAGGGUGAUGCGGCCGAUAACCAACCAAUUGCAAAAAUACCAUUUCCAGCAAGAGUUCCUGUUAAUAAAUCUCUUGCAACAAUGCCAAUGAUACUUCCAUCAACUGAUAACAACUCGAGAGUACAAAUUAGUGCACAAGAUCAGACAAGGCAAGAGAACAUUUCAGAUACAUUGUACAGCCUUCAGAAGGUGAUGACUACCAAGAAAGUACACCAAGAACAUGAAGAAGAACAGUUUAAACAAGCUCUUAAUAUAAGACAAGGUGGUAUAAGGAAAAGCAAGCCUGAGAAUAAAGCUAAGGCAAAGCAGCACCAAAUAAUCCCAACCAGGCUUCAAAAGUCAGAUGUGAUGACAACAUUGCUUUCAGACUUAGAAGUUGGCAGUGAAAAGGUGGAGGAGCCUCCUCUCAAGAGUGACUUUUCUGAGCCAGAAAAUGAGCAUGUUCCUCUUGGUUCACCUGUGCAUGCUGCAUUGAAGGUGAAAAGGAUUCGUCAAAACUUGUCAAGGAAUUCGCAGAAUCUUGAACCAAGAGGACUAGUGCAGGCAGUGGAGCCAUUACUGGGAGGUAAACUUGAAAACAAGCUUCCAAAUGGUGGAAUUCGUUAUCCAAACCAAAAGGAAACCAGCAAUGUAUCCAUGCCCGAGUUCAGGAGGAGCCGUUCUACACCUCGUGGGAAAUUUUUUAUGUUACCUUGAGGAAUAUUAUAAACUAUGAGUUUAUGAUGAUUAUUAGAGCUCCAGUUUGCAUACUUUUGUGGGUGCAGAGGACCUCAUUUGAGAUAAGAUUGUCAAACCUUUUCUCUUACACCAUAUAGGAAAUUUUUCUCUGUAAUUCAACUUAAAAUUUUCUGUGUAUUUUUCUGGACCACUUUUUUUGUAUAGCUAUAGUACUUGGCUUUAAAUGUUUAUAUUGAAAACUAGUUUGUCGAUUGUAUAAAAAAUUUCUUCUGAGCA